AUGAUUUCCAGCCUAACUACCAAGGAGUUAGCUCGUUUUGCUUAUGUUGCACGAUCUCUCUGGCAUAGAAGGAACGCCUUCCUAUAUGAAAGGCACUUUGCACAUCCUACCAAGCUCUUUGAAAAGGCUGUCACAGAGUGUCAUUUAUAUCAGCAGGCUAUACAGGCCCUGGUUCAUAAACCGAAUCCAGUUGCCUCUCUUGUAGUUCGAUGGGAAUUACCACCUGCUGAUUUCAUUAAAUUCAAUUGGGAUAUUACAGUCCAACAAACAACAAACAGGAUUGGUAUUGGCAUUGUCCUUAGGGAUUGUGGAGGGGAGGUGUUGUUGAGUUUAAUGAAGCCUCUAGUUUUAUGUUCUAAUGCUGCUUAUGCUGAAGCUCGGGGAUUAUUUGAAGUUGUGAAGUUAUGUUCUAAGCUUGGCUUUACAAACUGCAUGUUUGAAGGUGACUCUCUACAUGUUGUGCAAGCUAUUAACACUCAAGGCUCCGAGGAGUUUAUCCACAAUCCUAUUAUUGCUGACAUUAAACAACUGAUGCAUGGAACAAAUUGGAGUCUGCAACAUGUGAAAAGGGCAGCUAACCAAGUUGCACAUAAGCUUGCUAAGGAAGCACUAUUUUUAAAUGAAGAAAGACUAGAAUAUUGA